GUAAUCUUCCCUUGGAAAAGCGAAUUCUGGAAGCCAAAAUUGAACCCGUAAGCGUCCGUUCGCACCUCGAGCCGGAAAGUUACUUGCAGAAAAAUUAAACAGGCAAUCACAGCUUACCGUAGCCGGUGCAGGACACAAUGUCCAAAUCGAAUAAAAUUGUGCUGCGAAUCCAAUCAGCUGAUGGCACUAAACGCGUCGAAACAGAGCUAUCGGUCACGACAAGAGGCCUCUAUGAGCUGGCAAAGGCAGCGUGUGGGUUCGAUCAUUUCGACUUUGCGCUAUACCGCGAGCGAAACUACACAAAGGAGAUUGUCUCCAGUGGCUCGCAGGAAGUGAAAGAUAUUGGUCUCAAACAUGGUGAUAUUGUAUAUUUACGGCUAGUAGAAGGACCUUCUACUUCGAAGGCCACGGAACGAAGUGCAUCAGUUAAUUCGUUAGCUUCAAGCCACAGUUCCUCGCUCAGCAAUGCGACAUUUAGCCGAGAGGCUACCCCAUCGACCAGUUCGAAACCAUCCGCAGCAGCAGCAGCAGCAACAGAGCACGCGAUCACAGAGGAUUCGGUCGACCUGGAAUUAUACAAGCAGGACGGCCGCAUCAAACGUGAGCGGGACGAAAAACUCUGCCGUCACAAUUCAAACGGUUGUUGUGUACACUGCUCGCCGGUGGAACCGUGGGAUGAAAACUACCUCAAGGAGCAGAAGAUAAAGCACUUCAGCUUUCACUCCUACCUGAAGAAGCUAACGUCCGGCGCUGCCCGCGGAAAGUUUGUUGCGCUCGAGGAUUUGAACUGUAAGAUUAAGUCCGGCUGCCGGGAUCAUCCACCGUGGCCGAAAGGCAUCUGUUCGAAGUGCCAACCGUCGGCGAUAACGCUUAAUCGGCAACCGUACCGUCACGUGGACAACGUGAUGUUCGAAAAUACGGGCAUUGUCGAACGGUUCCUUAACUACUGGCGAACGAGCGGCCACCAGAGAAUCGGUUUCCUGUUCGGCAAGUACGAGCUUCAUCCGGACGUGCCGCUCGGCAUAAGGGCGCGUGUGGCCGCCAUUUACGAGCCACCGCAGGAGAGCAACCGUGACUCGAUACGCCUGCUGGACGAUCCGCACGAUGCGGACGUGGACGAGCUGGCUAAGUUGCUUGGUUUGCAGCGGGUUGGGUGGAUUUUUACGGAUUUGUUAAGUGAAAAUCUGGCCAACGGGACGGUGAAACAUGUGCGCAACAUCAAGACGCACUUUUUGACCGCGCAGGAGUGCAUACUGGCAGGACAUUUGCAGAACAAGUAUCCUAACCGCUGCAAGGAUUCGUCGAACGGAUACUUUGGUUCGAAAUUUGUGACAGUUUGUGUGACCGGUGACGUAAAGAAACAAGUGCACAUGGAAGGUUAUGCCGUAUCGGCACAGUGUAUGGCGCUGGUGCGAGACAACUGUCUCAUUCCUACAAAGGAUGCGCCCGAGCUAGGAUAUAUUCGGGAGUCGUCCGACAAGCAGUACGUUCCGGACGUUUACUACAAGGAAAAGGAUGUGUACGGGAAUGAGGUGCAACGCUUGGGGCGACCCCUGCCGGUAGAGUAUCUGCUGGUCGAUGUACCGGCUUCGACACCGCUCGUACCGCUAUACACAUUCCUGGAGCGGAAGAAUGCGAAGCAGUACUUCCCGGUCGAGAAUAGGCUGAUCGACGGUCACAUACAGGAUUUCGCUGCCCUAGCAGACUAUUUGGCUAAAUCACGCUCGAUGCCCUUCCUGGAUGCUGUGUCCGAUUUUCACUUGCUGUUUUAUCUGUACCGCAUGGAGGAUAUGCUGCCGAUGAAAUCCCAGCUGGGCCCGCUGCUGGAAGCGGUACGCACCAAGGACAAGGCUAAGGCUAAUGAGUGGAAAUCGCGCGAGGUGUGGAAAACGCUCGAAGAGCUAAUUGAGGCCAGCUCCAACCAUGAUGACUCCAGCAUGAGCAACGAUGUCGAGUUUGUGCCGAGUGGCGAUGCGGAACAGAACUGGAUUUGUACGUUCUGCACGUUUAUCAACAGCCGGGAGCUGCCCGCAUGCGAGAUUUGCAAUCUUCCCAGAUCCAGACAAUGAAGUGCUAAGCUUGAUUAAAAUGGCUGCUUGUGUAACAAAAGAGGAAGGGAAACUGACAAGCAUCACCUGCAGCUCACUGCAAAGAUACUGCGGAACAUUGAACAUUUUAAAAACCAGUUCACCAAACAAUCGGUGAAACAAAAAACUAACUGGAGCGGCAACUGUGCUUUGGAAGGCAAACAUUAUCAUGCAGCGGUACGGCUACAUACAUAGCUAUAAGCUGGGGAGGGAAUUUUUUAGCCUAAUGCAUUAAACGAAUAUCAUUUCGGAUGGGCAGAGGAUGAUAGGGAUGGAAAGCUGCACAGGUGUUGUGCGGUCAGAACAAAACUUUCUCUCCCGCACACACACACAUUCUUUUUCUCUCUAUGUCACACUACUUUUCGAUGGGCGGGGGUUGCAUUGAAGCAGCCGCAUAAGGCACAGAGCGCAACUGGAUGAGCUAAGCGUAGAGAAGUGAUUAAAUUAUUUAUUCAAUAACAGCAUCCUCCGGCUACGGUGUGAGCCAUUCCCUAUUUUCCAUCCCCAAACCCUUCCCCCCCCCCCCCCCCCCCCCGCCGUAUCAGCGUCCAAACAAGGUAAUGGAAGAGAUGAUCACAUUGACGUUGAAGCAGGUGACAGUCGUCAGCAAACGGAAACUGAUAAAUCGAUAGCAAGGUAAACUGAUUCAAAUA